AUGGAUGAAAAAUUUAAGAAAAGAAAAGAAGUGAGCGAUGAAAAUAUACAAAACUUCUAUGUGGACAAUAUAAUAGUAGCUGCUAAAGACACCGAGAAAGCCCUACGGAAGUAUAAAGCGAUAAAGAAAUUGUUUGGAGGAAUCAAAAUGAUUAUUAGAAGUUUCGUUAGUAAUGACAAACAAUUAGCGAAGAAGACCGAAGCGAUCAAACCCAAUCAACUAAAAUGUUAG